AUGGGCCUAGGCAAAAAGUUCUCCCGGGCCAAAAAGUCGUCGACGGCCGCCCUCCCGGCCGCCAAGACCGCCGAUGGGGCGGUGGACGUCGCGGGCGUCCAGGCGGUGGACGUCGUGGAAGAAGCGUGUGGCGGCGACGCGGUUCCGGACCUGGUUCCGGCCAUGGCGGCGAGCCACGCUGGCCACCAGGACGGCGACGGCCCUGUCCAGGAUGUGGGCCCGCGUGAAGGCGGCGCUGAGCCCGCCUGGCAGCUGACGGGGUCCUGGCUGCAGCGGGCGCGCGACGAGCUCCACGAGGACCCCGCCAGCACCGCGGCCCUCCUCGACCGGCUGCGGGGACUCGUGCAGGAGGACGGCGAUCUCCGCGCGCGCUGCGACGACGGCUUCCUCAUCCGCUUCCUGCGCGCGAGGAAGUUCAACGUGGUCAAGGCCCACAAGACGGUGCAGCGCUACUACCACAUGAAGCGGAAGCACCCCAACCUGUUCCGGGCCGACAACCUGGACCGCCUGGACGGCAUGAUGGCCGCCGAGAUGCACGGCGUGCUGGAGGGCCGCGACAAUGAGGGCUGCCGCGUGCUCUCCGUGAAGAUCGACAACUACAACGGCUCCCUGCACACCGUGGACGAUUUCUUCCGCCUCAACGUGGUGGCGCUGGAGCAGAUGGUGCGCGACCCCGAGACCCAGGUGUCGGGCAUCGUCGUCAUCGUGGACCUCGGCGGCUUCGGCCUGCAGCACGCCGCCUUCCUCGCGCCCUACUACGUCAAGAACACCACCGAGGUCAUCCAGGAGUCGUUUCCUCUGCGCUUCAAGGGGUUCCACGUGGUGAACCAGCCCUUCUACUUCGCGGCCCUGUACGCCGUCAUCAGGCCCUUCAUGAAGGAGAAAAUGAAGCGACGGGUGGUGCUGCACGGCACGCGGUUCGACGAGCUGCACAAGGUGGUGCCCAAGGACAUCCUGCCGCAGCAGUACGGCGGCCCGCCCGCCGGCUUCCAGUACGCGCGCUGGGCCUCCGCGCUGCACGGGCUGGCCGGCUACUUCGCAGAGUUGGAGAGUUUCGGGUACCCGGAGGAGGCGGAGGGGGAGGGGGAGGGGCGACGCCGCCUGUCCCUGUUCUCCACGAGCCGCCGUCAGUCUGCGGUGUCGACCGACGGCCGAGCCGACGGCCAGGGCGGCCAGGGCGGCCAGGGCCCGGCGCCGUGA